CCUUGAUGGCCAUGCAGCCCCAUCCAUGGUCCUGCUCCUGCUCCUGACUGCGUGCAUGCAUGCAUGCAUGCAGCAUGCAUGUCCAGCAGGGGAUGCUUCCUGCUGCAUCACGCGCCCACACCCGCAAGAGGUCGGCCGCGCGGCAGCAAAACAACGACCAUGAUUACUCGAUCGCUUCUACUGCUACUUACUGCCUUGCCCGAUGCUCUCGAUUGGUCUCAUGGAUUAGUGUAUGCAGCAGAUCGGGGGCGCCGGGGAGGAGUGGGGGGGGGAAAUCGCAUGCAAGCUUUCCCCAAACAUUCUGAACCCUUUCAAACGACCUCUUCAGCCUCCCACAUCCCUCGUCCAUUCUCACAAGACGAGCACGCACAACAGCAGGCACUGACAAGGCGAUAAGUUCAAUGCUUGCUUGCGUGCUUGCUUGCUUGCUCGCUUGCUACGCUCUUGAGGUCAGCGGAGCAGGAGAAGAAAGGUCCAUAUGACGUGCAAAAUGGGCGGACGCUGAGUCGGGGGCGGGGGGGAUUGCUCUCGGCGAGCGA